AUGACAGGAACGGACGACAUCUUCACACGCCUUGGUCCAUGGCAUUACCCGAUCAUAUUGUUCUGUGCUCUGCGCGGUUUGCCUGCUGCUUACCACGUGAUGGGUCCCACGUUCAUGGCACCUGCUCUGGAACACUGGUGUGCCAAGCCUCAGCAACUGUCCAACUGGACUGACGAAGAGUGGAUUGAAAAUGGCAUUCCGCUCGUUGAACAUGGUGGGUACUCUGCACGGUCCGCGAGAACCGGAGAACGAAGGAGGAGUCGUUGCGAGAUGUACGCUUUUGAAGAAGAUGACAAUGGAUAUGUGAGAAUUUUGAACGAGACCAGGCUAGCUUGCUCAAGCUGGGAGUAUGACCUUGGGGACAAUAUUCACACUAUCACAAAUCAAUAUAACCUAGUGUGUGACCGUGUCUGGCUUCGAGCAGCAUCUCAGAGCAUCUUCAUGUUUGGAGUUAUGGUUGGAAGUAUAAUUUUUUCUCACAUUUCCGAUUGGUUCGGUCGGAAAAGAGCGAUGCUUUUUAUGUUGCCUCUGCCAUUGGUCGCUGGAAUAUUGCAAGUAUUCUCUCCCACUUACUUGGUCUACAACGUCGGACGUUUUGUCACUUCGGUCGGGAUCGGGGGAAUUCAUAGCACAGCGUUUACACUGAUUAUGGAAGUUCUCUCCGCUCGUCACCGUGCCCUUGCUUCACUCAUUUCAAGCGGAGGUUGGACUGUCGGUUUAGUGACCCUUACACCUUUCGCGUGGUUCAUCAGGGACUGGGUGCACCUUCAAAUAUUCAUUUCUUUAUUUUUUCUCAUCAACACGGCUGUCUGGUUCUUCAUUCCGGAAUCUCCACGCUGGCUGCUGGCAACUCGAAGAUAUGAGAAGGCGGGCAGUGUCUUAAAGAAUGCCAUUAAAAAGAACAAAAUAACCAACGUUGACUUGCAUGGUGUCAUCAAAGACUAUGAGGACCGAAUAGAGCAGGAAAAGAUGACGACAAAGCCAACUUUUAUGGCGCUGUUUCGGUACAGCUGCAUUCGGAGGACCACACUUAUCAAAUCAGCGAUGUCGCUCCUUGACAUCCUGAUUUACUACAACCUGACGUACUCGAGCAUACUAAUAGGCAGCAAUCCGUACGUGAGCUUCCUUUUGAUGGCCGCGAUGGAAUUUCCUGUACGAAUCAUCGGAGUGCUUUUUGUGAAUUACAUGAAGCGAAGAACGUCCUACGUCGUUCUCUAUGGUUUCACAGCACUUUGCUCGCUGAGCGCAAUAUUUCUACCGAAAGACCCCUGGUGGCUACAGCUGAGCUUUGUUAUUUGUGCCAAAUUUGGCGCUUUGUGCGGAAAUGCAGUGAACACGGUGCAGUUAUCAGAGUUGUUUCCUACACAAAUCCGGACACUGGCUACGGGAUUCAUGAGCAUGGGUUCAAGAGUGGGGGCCAUCUUGGCCCCAUUUACAAAGGAACUGGGUAUAAUUGUGGGCCCCUGGGCACCCAGGGCUGUCGACUGCAUUGCUUGCGUCGCCAUCGCAGGGAUGGGAUUGUUACUGCCUGAAACCUUCAAGGCGGCGCUUCCAGACACUAUCGGAGACGUCAAGCUCGCCAGAAGGAAGAAGAGUGGCGCCCUUGAAGAGGUGAUGCUGAAGAAGGAACGAUCCUCGGAAGUGGACAGCACAAACACGAACGGCCAUGCUUAACAUUUGUAAUAAUUUUCUGUAUAAGUAAACUAGAGUAGUGCAACUAAGUA